CAUAUAUCACUGCAUGUAAAGUAGUGAGAGAUCAAGAUUAGAUUAGAUUAGAUUAGAUUAAACUUUAUUGUCAUUACACAAGUACAAAGUGCAAUAGUGCAGAGUAUAAAGUGCAGAUUUAUUGUUUAAUAAAUAUACCUAUAUUUGUACAUAUAUAUAUAAACUAUGGUAUUUAUCAAGGUGAUAAACAUAGAAAAAAAGGUUAGAAAUUGCUAUCUUACUGGAUGUUAAAUACUGUAUUGUGCACCUGUAUAUAAUCUCUGCAUUUUUUUAAUACUUCUCCACUCAUUUAUUACUUUCAUUUACUGUCACUAGUCUGUAAACACGCAAACACACCCUGAACUCAUCCUCCAGCCCUCCACACGUCUGCACAAAGGAAAUGAUGCGUUCACGUCGCACCUUUCCCAGAAUAAAGCCUCAGCUAAAUGAGCGGCAUUUCCCUUUAAGUUGAACCGUCCAAUGACACCGAGAUGCGUCCUCCGGCUCGGUUCGGCUGACAAGCGCGGUGACCGACUGAUUUGGGGAUGCUGCCAGUGCUCCGAGGACAAGAGAGGACCAUGAUACGAACAUGAUCAGCGCCGAUGGCUUCUCUAAAUGCGAGGCGACUCUGCACCAGAGAGGCAGGAGGAGGCCACCCGCAGAGAUGCUCCAUCUGCUGUCAGCCGUCAUUGUUUGGCUGGUGACGGGCACCACCAUCUCCAGUCUCAACAAAUGGAUAUUUGCCGUUUACAACUUCAGGUACCCGCUGCUGCUGUCGGCGCUGCACAUGCUGACGGCCAUCGUGGUGGACUACGGGCUCAUGAAGCUGCGGGUGAUCCGCCACAGAGGGCCCGGAGAGCAGGACCUGACCCCCAGCGCAAAAUGUAAGGUGUUCCUGUUGAGCCUGACGUUCUGCGCCAGCAUCGCCUUCGGGAACAUGGGUCUGAACUAUGUCCAGCUGUCGUUUGCACAAAUGAUCUACACCACCACCCCGCUCUUCACCCUGGCCAUCUCCACGCUGAUCCUGGGCAAGCAGCAUCACAUCCUCAAGUACACAGCCAUGAUGCCCAUCUGCCUGGGGGCAUCCUUCAGCAUAAUGGGAGAGGUCCAGUUCGAUCAGACCGGCUGCUUCUUUGUGUUUGCAGCGACCAUGCUGAGAGGCGUCAAGUCCAUUCAGCAGAGCAUUUUGCUUCAGGAGGAGAAGAUCAACUCCGUGUUCUUGCUCUACCUGAUGUCCAUUCCUAGCUUCUGCAUCCUGGCCGUGGCUGCUCUAGCCUUAGAAAACUGGGCCGUGCUGGAGUCGCCGCUGCACUACGACCGCCACCUGUGGGUCUUCAUCUUGCUCAGCUGCCUGGGCUCGGUCAUGUACAACCUGGCCAGCUGCUGCGUCAUCACGCUCACCUCGGCCGUCACUCUGCAUAUCCUCGGCAACCUGAGCGUGGUGGGAAACCUGCUGUUGUCUCAGCUGCUCUUUGGGAGCGAGCUGUCGGCGCUCAGCUGCGCCGGGGCCGUGCUCACGUUGUCCGGCAUGCUCAUCUAUCAGAACUCUGAGUUUAUCGUCAGCUACUUGGACGCUCGCAGGGCCAAAGCCAAAGGGUCCGAAGAGGCGAGUUUUCACACUACAAGCGAGGAAGACUCGGUCGCAGCUGGUGCAUCUGAAAAAACAUUUCAUCAACAGAGAACGGACGGAAAACAGGAAGACAAAGUGGACUGAACUUGAAAAGGAUGAAGGAGAGAAUAAAAGAAAAGCCCUGACUACAUUGCAGUGUGUGUUCUCUACCCUUUUUGUCAUUAAGGAGCAUCAGGAGCGACGCCAUCGUCACCGGCGGAGUGACAGAUCUUUUUUUAAAUUAUUUUUUUAAACUCCUCACUGUGCCAAUUGAUUUCUCCUCUGGUCACACAGAACUGGAGUCUGCAGAGAGGAAACGGUUGCCUUUACUUUUCACGGUGACGGUCGAAUUCUCUCCUUUUGUCUGUAAAUCGCUCCUAUAUAGCCUAUAGCGGUAUAUGCAUGCAUGAGCACACUGAACUGUUUGAUACCUCAUAAGGUAUUCACACUGUCACUCAUACUAAUCCACUGUGAAAAUGUUCUCAUUUCCAGAGGGCUCUAAUCGAUAUUUUUGGGUGGCUGUUGUGGAUAUUGUCUGCUGCAGUGAGCCUCGUGUGACAUUGAAGGGGAGGGGGCGGGGCUUAGAGAGCACUCCGCCUCGAAUCUAAACGGGCACAAUUUGUAUUAAGAAUUCUAUAUUUAUGGUACUGUUACCUGAUAUGCACCUGGCCCUGGUCGGGGGAAGGGACUGGGGUUUUUUCGGCAGCUUUUUUUUUUUCUCUUUUCGGUAUUUAAAAUAGAAAGCUUGUUGAAUUAGGGUCAUUCGAGGCAGAAGUUACAAACAUUUCUGUGCAAUGAGACGCCUCUUUUCCUCCACUGAAGCACAUUUUUAAUAAGAGGCUCUGCGUGUUUUAUUUUCCUUCCCUUAUGAACUGUGGCUUCCUACUUAAGGCCUAGAUUUUGCCCUCGUACCAACCUGGAAAGACGGUCUCUGUAGGAUAAGUCCAAUUAUUUCCAUCUUUUACAACAGCGCACUCCUCUCCUCGCAGCGUACCUCCAUAAUUAGGUUCACAAGGUCUCUAAGGAGUGUCAAUCAACUUUAGCUGUCUUUUUCCCCCUGCGGAUGAGACGAGGAAAAAGAAAGCUCGGGCUGUCCUUUAAGGUCGCUUCUUAAAUCUAAAUCCAUCUGUUAGGUUUAAAGUGUUAGUGACGGUUUUUUUUAAAGUUGCAGCAUGUCUUGAAAAACUCACUUCUGCUGGACAGUGUUGUGUUUUCGAAAAAGCGUGAUUUUUAUUUUGUGACAAAGCAUAUUUUAUUCCCCUUUUUUUGAUAUGUAUAUGGAAGGAAAUAUUUAUUUUUUAAGGGCCUCAGUGAUCGCCGGCAUCUAAUGCUGCAGAUCUUGGCCCUCGAGUGUCUUGCAAUGUGUAAUAUUUGACGGCACUUGUCUCUCCUGAGAGUAAAACAAACAACAAGGCAGAAGACUGCAUGCUGCUGCUUCUGAAAGCAUCUUACAUAUUCUGGGAUGUCUGGUACACACCUUCCUACAUGUACGGUAUGCCAAAUGUUUACUUUUCUGUGCUGUUUUACUGGUUCGGUCGGUGAUCAUUGUUCACACACAGUUUGAGCUCUCGACACAAAAACACCAACAAAGCCAUGCAUCAAAAGUCGUUUUUGCUGUAAGGAUUAGAUCUUUUUUCCUUGAUGUGCCACACAUUGACUUUUAAAGGGUGCCAUUCAUGAUAAUUUAAUAGAAACACUGAUGAGCUGCAACCUUAAAUCCCCUGCGCUGAACGUUGAGGCGGUUAUCACACGCCUUCGAAACUGCUCUGAGCUGUUGGGCCACAGGUGUAGAACUUCUGAAGUGGGCGGUAGGUGUUAAAAGUAACACCCACAUGAAGAACAGAACUCAAAGUUAGUGACACCAUCAAUAUUACUCACCUCAACUGUCAGUGGUUGUGGCUGAUCAGUGUCCCUUCUCGAAAAUCCCCCUUUCAGCUGAAAACAGUGUGAGAACGAUAACGAACAAUUUCUGCAGUUUGAUAUGUGUUUUGUUUAGUCGCUAAUCAUAGUUUUCCGUAAUCGAAUACCUCAGCUGUUAAAUAGGACUACCCUCGUGUUCGUCGAUUGUUAACUAUUGGACUUGAGAUCAACGAUAAGGAAACUGCAGCAUGUGAAUGAUGUAUUUUAAUCAUUUCGGAAAUCUGAUCACAGAUUUUAACACGUUUUUUUUAAACAAAAAACAACUUUUAACAUAUUGUCAUGUUGUUGAUCAGGAUUCCCUCAGCAGCCGUUUUUUUUUUUAGUUUCUCAGUUAAAUGGUCGUUUGGCUGCUCGUUCUCAUGGAUCUCGUGUUAAAUAGGUCGGAGAUGAAGCUACUGUUGCACUGACUAAGGUACGAAGACGCUGCCUUCAAAGCCUACGGUUUCCUGUGUACAUACUGGUUUUGAUUGUUUGCAAAGCUAGUCGGUUGUAAAUAGUUAUUUUAAUAUAUUUAUGUAUUUUCUAGUCAUACUGUAUAUGGCUGGUUUGAACUAUCCUGGUUUAAGAAUGAAAACGUUUGCCUCAUGCCUUAUUUGGACAUACUGUAGAUGAGACAGGAGUGGUUUGAUCUUAUCGGUUAAUGCCCUGAAUGUCGCAGGUGCUUCUGUUUAGGGGCGAAGACAUGGACGAUUCAUCCACAUGACUGCUUGAAAAACAAAAAAAAAUCAUUGGACUGGUACAAUAAACUAACGAAAACCAAGCACCUCA